AUGACUGAUGAUGAUAGUAGUAGAAGUAUUAAUAGUAAAUUUACUGAACAAGAUGAAAUAUAUAUGAGAGAGGCAUUAAAUAUGGCACAAAAGGCUUUAGAAGAAUUAGAAGUACCAGUCGGAUGUGUUAUUGUUCAUGAUAAUAAAAUUGUUGGACGUGGAUAUAAUAAAACUAAUCAAAAGAAGAAUGCUACAAGACAUGCAGAAUUAGAAGCCUUUGAUGAAAUUACAGAAAAUUAUAGUGAAGAAUUAAAUAAUAAUGUGAACUUUUUUAAAGAAUGUACAUUAUAUGUUACAGUUGAACCAUGUGUAAUGUGUGCAAGUGCAUUAAUAUUAUUAAAAAUUGGAAGAGUUGUUUGUGGAUGUAUGAAUGAAAGAUUUGGUGGAUGUGGUUCUGUAUUAAAUAUUCAUCAAUCAUGUUAUAAUUCAUUAAAUCAUAAUCAUCAUCAUGAUCAACAUGGUAAUAAUAAUCAAUUAAAUUGGAAAUAUGAAUGUGUACAUGGUUUGUUUGAAAAGGAAUGUAUUGAAAUUUUACAAAGAUUUUAUGAACAAGAAAAUCCAACAGCUCCAAUACCAAAAGUUAAAAAAUCCAAAACUAUUCCUGAUGAAUCAAUUAAUCCACACCAAAAGAAACAAAAACAAUGA